GCAGAAACUGGAAUUAAUACCAUAGAAUAGUGAUACGAUGAGUGUUUAGGGUUGUGGUAUUUGUGUUGAAUCGUGUUCGUGAAGAAUUUUAAUCAACGGGGACUGUAGAUUUUUAUUAUCGAGAUGUUACUCAAGGAUUCGCAAAAUGAGAAAAAGACGAAAGUUGUUGGCUGCAAGAAAAUUGUUGGCGCCAUGAAGCUGACGCUGGGCACGCUGUCUGCCCCGCGCGUGCACAGGCGAGCGGGCAAGGGCGCCGCCGCCUCGAAGAGAGCGCCCACGUCCCAGCAGCCGAGGGUCCUGCCCGCUCCGAGAGACCUGGACAGGCCCUCUGUUGAUCCGUGCGAAAACUCGAAUGAUUCUGGCUUGGGGUUUGACCAGCACCAGGAGUUCACUCUUAGGACUCGUAACGUCAAGUUUUCUAGCCAAGAGGCCCAGUGGCUGCUGGACCACUCGGAGGCCAAGAGAAAGAAGCUGGACAUCAAGCUAGAGUGUGAUGAUGUGAACGACAACUUCUGUUUCCCAGAGGCCCUGAGCAGCAAGAGGAGGGUCAUGCCAGACUCGGCAGGUGUGUUGCAGGCCGAGGGCGGGAUGUACCCUUGCCCCAUGCCGGCGAGGCCCGAGCCCACGGCCGCGCGGUCCCAGGACAGGCCGGCGGGCCGCGGGGCGGGAGCCCUGGGCUCGCCGGCAUCGCGACGCCUGGCCGCCGGCGGGUCGGCCACCCUCACCUCGCACCUGGGCCACGUGAGCCGCAACAGGAAGGUGUACCUGCAGAUAAUGUCCCAGCCGGAGCAGCAGCACCGCGCCCGCUACCAGACGGAGGGCAGCCGGGGGGCCGUCAAGGACCGCAGCGGCAACGGCUUCCCCGUCAUCAAGCUGGUCGGCUACGACAAGCCCACGACGCUGCAGGUGUUCAUCGGCACGGACGUGGGCCGCGUCGCUCCGCACAUGUUCUACCAGGCGUGCCGCGUCAGCGGCAAGAACUCCACGCCCUGCCUGGAGAAGAAGAUAGAUGGCACGGUGGUCAUAGAGGUGAACUUCGACCCCGUCAAGGAGAUGGUCAUCACGUGCGACUGCGUGGGGAUCCUGAAAGAGCGGAACGUGGAUGUCGAACACAGGUUUCCCGAGCACUCGACGUCGAGGAACAAGAAAAAGUCGACGCGUUGUAGGAUGGUUUUUCGCACCACCAUCACCCACCCUGACGGGUCUAACGAAGUCCUGCAGAUACUGUCUCAGCCAAUCGCCUGCACCCAGCCUCCCGGAGUCCCAGAAGUCUGCAAGAGGUCUCUGACGUCCUGCGUCUGUACGGGCGGGGCAGAACUGUUCAUUCUCGGCAAGAACUUCUUGAAAGACACAGUCGUCGUCUUCGACCAACCAGAUUUUGAGCCUCCGUGGCGAGAGACGGUUCAACCUGAUAAGGAGUUUUUGCAACAGACCCAUCUGGUGUGCCUGGUGCCGCCGUACCGCCGCUGCGACAUAGCGGAGCCGGUGUCUGUCCGGCUGACGGUGGUGUCCAGCGGCAAAACCAGCGAGCCGCACCCCUUCCUGUACACCCCUGGCGGGCUGUCGAAGCAGCCAGCAGUUCUGCUGCCAGAGAGGCUGCAGCAGUGUGGGGCCGCUCUUUCAACGAGGAUUGUUGCUCCGGGAAUGGAAAUGUCCCACAUCUACCCGAAGCCGCCCCUGGCCUUGUGCGUGCCGGACGCCCAGGCCAAGGCCAGCACCAGCUCUGCCGGCGCCGAUAACUUGCCUUCUGCGUACGUUCCGCUGGAAGCCAGCCAAGGUGGUCUGGAGAAACAAGCUGUUAACACUCACAUCAUGUGGCAAUCUUCUCCUGUUAAUGUGUCCAAAUCAGAAGACAGGAACAUCAAAGACAGGGAGGCAAAGCGACUCCACAUGAUGAAAAUGACCCCUCCCCCCUUGCUGCCGCUCAUGCCUCGACGCCUAUCCAUGGUCGACUCGGAAGUGAUUCACCUGAAGACGGAAGUGCCGGACGGGCAUUACUCCCCAGAUGAGUUGAAGGUCAUAGACUUGCGAAUGAAGCCACCCACUUUGGUUCAACCUCUCAUGACGGUCUCGGACCUGUCUUCCUCUCAGGCUCCGUCGAUGGCCACGUUGCGGCACUUGGUUGGCGAGAACGGCGGAUCUUCCCUCCCGGCCCAGAGCGGUCAGAGCGUGGAGAAAUUCCUCCAGAGGCUAGAGAACAAGCAGAGUGGGGUGGCUCAGGAAGAUCAAAAGGGAGUGUUCCCGAUGGUGUCCGUGCAGGAAUCCCAGAUCACGGUGAAGCCAGAUGAGCCCGGACAACCACCGGUCUCCCUCCUUCCGGACAGCUUCCAGCCACAUCCGGCAGCCACUCAGUCCACCUUGCUCAACUCCCUGAUGGCUCCCUCGAUGCCAGUCAUGUUUCCAUCAGAGACUUCUGGAGCCAACACGUUGAUGGUCGAGCAAGCCAGCAAGAGCCUGAUGCUCGACAUAACCAAAACUGAAGUCUCCAACAUCGUGGAAACGUCUCUAAUAAACUCCUCCGUGAACUCCGAGAGUGGGUCUUUGAGCAUAGGGACUUGCCACAUCAACCAAACCCCAUUGUUGCCGGCACCUCACACCACGAGUCUCGACGUUCUGGUGUCUUCGGCCAUCGAAACCCACGUGCAAGCACAGGCGACGUCCACCGAGAAGCUGGAUGCGUUUGUCAACUCCACCGUCGAAAGUCACCUCAUGAAUGCAACACCAGUCAAUUCUGAUGCAACAUUGCACGACCAGAACUUUGCGAGCAGCUCAGCAAGGGACGGCCAAACCCUUUCGCUGAACAUGUUGAACAUGGUCCCUUCAGGCCCGUCUCCGACAGGAGGGAACUUUCAGCUCGGUGGAUUGGAGCCGAACCCUCAGUCUUCGCAGGCGGCACUUCUAACCAACGUUGUGACUUCAGCUCUGGACGAGCACUUGUUGGCAACCACGAAGCCCAUCAUCCCUGACAGUCCCCAAGUCGCCACGACAUCCACAGACGACUCCAACAUGAAUACUGUUCUCUUACAGAACUCUCCCCACCCUCCGAACACACUCCUGAGCCAGGCGGUCACGGUCUCUGAACCCACGGUGAUAUCGAGCAAUCCUCGCACAUCCCCCAUCGCUCUCAAGAACAUGAUCCUCAACACUGCAGCGGCGUCGCUGGAGGCCGUGCCCACGGGACCUUCCAGGACCUCUCCCAUCGCCAUCAAAGCCAUGAUCCUCGACUCGCACAUGAAAGCCAUGGAUAGACAAAUGAUGAUGACAGCAGAAUCUCAGGAAGUUCUGGGAACCAGCGGAAACAUUUCCACUCUCCUCUCGACGGACGCCAAGCCCGAGCCCAACACCCUUGCCGUGUCGCAACCUCCCGACUUGCCCCAGAGAUCCCCCGUGAUUCAGCCGGGUGACUCUGCGUCUCGGUCCUUGCUCGACAACAUCUUCGAUGUGACGACGACCACGCAGAGCUACGCUGCCAGUUCCAGCAGCAUCGGUACGUUCGCAGCGAGCACUGUGACGAGGAUGGCAGAGAAGGCCUUGGACUCACGGUCGUCGGGCCCACUGAUUGGCUCUGCUCCCGAGAGCAAACUGGCGACGCCUGCACCCACUCUCUUGCAGCAGAAUGUGUGCGUGUCUUCGGUCGCUGUGCCAGUGACAAGCAUACCUGCCAAGUGCGUGCCACCUGCCACCAGUGGGCAGAAGAAGUCUGAAGAAGGAGAAGUUCCACAGGAGUUGACCCAGAUGUCAGAAAAUGAUCUUUUGAGCUACAUCAACCCCAGCUGUUUUGACCAAGUGUGAGCAGUGUACGGCAAGCAGCUGAAGAGUGCUCAGUGUUACUGUGCGGUGCUCCACCAGUGAGUGCUCAGUGUUACUGCGAGGUGCUCCAAUGAGUGCUCCCUGCCGCGAGAAGGGACGUGGAUCUGAAUGACAUGUGCAUACCAACUGAAGUUGUUUUGUAAAGUCAAGAUAUUUUUAUGAUAGAAGAAGUUAGAACUACGAGUUGUUAUGGGUUAUGAGAAAAGAGGUGAUACGUAGGGGCUGGAAAAAUAUUAAUAUCUUAAGAAUUAAGAUAGAUUUGAUUUUUUAUUAAAUUAAAAUUUUUAAUGGUUUUAUUUCUAAUUAACAACUUAAAUGCUUUUUUUACUGAUAAUCUGUAAAAAUGCAGUUAAUUUGUAAAAAAUUGUCAUAAAUAACCGCUAAAAUGCUAGUUUCUGAAGUCACGUAACAAAUGAAUUGUUUCAAACUUACAAGAUAAUUUUUUUUGUAUACUUUCCAAAAUUUGAUACAUCUCUCUAUAAAAUAAUCCAAUAUUUGUUUUUAAUUUUUGGACAUAUUUUUUUUUACAAAUGUUUGUCACUUUUAGGUUUAUCAGCUAGUACCGUUAAUACACAAGCACAAAAUGUCCACCAUCUUUGUUGCUGAUUUUUUUUUUGUGUGAUGAUGGUUGGCUAGUAAGAUGAAAAUAAAAUGGCUUGUACUCUUGACCAUUAUGUUUUUGCAAUUGUGAACUAAGCAAGCCACUAGAUAUUUUUGGCAUAUUCCAAAAUGUCUAAUACUUAACCACCAUUUUCGUGUUGUGAUGAUGGUGUAGUGACAAUUAUCUAUACUAGUGUUUGUGAUGUGCAUAAUUGCAUCCUUUGUAAUAUUGACUUUUCAGGGUGAUGCGGCAGUUAGUACUGAAAUGGCAUGUUUUUACAAUUUUUUUUUCCUGCACUGUAUACAGCAAUGCAAAAAACCUGAAGUAUAAUAUUUUUUAGCAUAAUAAUUUCACUGCCAAUUUUUGAAGCAAAAAAUGCAUAAAAAGUGUUAAUUUUGUACACAAUGCUCAAAUAUUCAAUUUUUAUACAAACUUUCAGAAUUUUUAUAUUAAAUUUUUUAGUUACUUAAAUAAAACUGCUAAUCUCAAAAUAAUAAGAUGCAAUUUAAUAAAAUUAUUGAUAAUUGGGAAGGGGGGGGGGGGGGGGAAAUUGUAAUUUUUCCAGCUCCUAGUGAAUAGUAAAUAUUCUAGAGAAAUCUCUAUUUAAAAGGUUUUUAUUCAUUAUUUAUUUGUGGCAAACCUUUAUUCAUUGUUUUGUAAUAAAAUAACUGUAUUUUCAUGUUGUAUUGAAUGUAUUUUUUUUAGUUACAAUACCUAAACCUUUUUGUAAAAUAUAAUACAACUAUAAUGAUUUCUUUAAUUGUGUUGUAUGAAAUGUACAUUGUAAAAACAUCUCUAAAACUUUGUUAAGUUAAUGAGUUUUAUCUUAGAUUAGAACCCUAGGAACGCAGUAAAAAUGUAUGUAAAUAAUGGGUUAAGUGUGGAAAUGCAGUUUGUUUUAGAAUGAAUACCUACUUGUUAUGCAAUGUCAAAAAUGUUGGCUUUUAUAUCAUAAGUAUAAAAUUUGUACAUGUGUUAUUGUGAGGUGUAAGGUUGUUUAAUGUUAAUCAACUUAUUACCACGUAUGUACGUACUUAUGGCAUUUAUAGAAAUAUGAUCUUGCUAAGCAUGUGCAGUUACAAUAAUGGACAUCUCUUGGUCUGUCACAGACUGUGCUUUAUGGAUGGGCAAUCAUUCCAUGCUGUUACUACAUGAUUUGCAAUUCUUUAUCAGCAGAUGUUGAUCUGUACGACUGAAAUUAAAACCAUAGAUGGUGCAUUAUAACCAAGCUGUGUUACACUAAAAACUUGCACUAUAGGAUAUUUAUUCUUCAUUAAUAGUGUCUGUAAAGGAGAUUAUUUCUGAACUCAAAAUAUUUUCCCAUAGGAAAACAAAAACUAACGUAAAAUCUUUCGUUCAAUGGAAGACAUCCGUGGCUUGCCUGAUUGUAUAUUGAUUCUAAGAUUUGUGUUUAUUACAUUGGUCAUAACCCAGUGUCAUAAUUUUCAUAAUAAUAUAUGUUGUAUAUCGAGAAUGUAAGUGGUUUUAUUACUGUACAGAAUUAAAAUUGUUUUUAAAAAAAAUGUUUGGGAGGAAU